GCUGCAGCAAGCACCUAGCAUACAGGCUAAAUGUUGAAAACUGGUAAAUUGGCACUUUUUAAACCUACUGUUUGGACAAUUCUUUCCCUAACUCUGCUCGCUAGUAUGAGGACACUCUGGAAAGACACUCGUUCUUGAGUUUACAAAUAGUCGUGUCAAGAUUUAUGUGUUAUUUAUUUAUUUUUUGGCGUGUACAUCCCAGCUGCCUGGAGGAAAUACAAGAGUCGAGCCCGUAGGUCCGCAGAGGGAUGGAUCCUCUGGGCGCUCGCUCCCAGUUCGUGGACCACCAGUCUCUCCCCACCUGGCAGCAGCAGCUGGAGGGGGGGGGUGGAGAGGCGGCGCCGCUGGACCCGAAUGACAGCCUGCUGAGCCUGGAGUCCUUCCCCUCGCCCUUCCCCUUCAGACCCCACAUCAACCGCAAGGUCAUCCUGUUCUGUGGUGAUAUCGGCCUGCUGAACUGCACGGCCAUCGUGAACACCAGCAACGAGUUUCUAAACGAUAAAAACCCGGUGUCCGACAGCAUCCAUCGGCUGGCAGGAGCCGAGCUGAGAGACGAGCUGCUCAAACUCAAAG